AGCCUUCAACUGAACUAUCUCUUGAGCAUCCAGAGGCAGCGCAAAGAUCAAAUUUGUUGUUACUGGGCAACACGAAAACAACAGCAAAAAAAUGGACACUGUCUUAGAUACAUUUACAGGAUUGGACUCCUUCUCUUCCCCUUAUUUUGACGAGGAUGAUUUCUUUACUGACCAGUCCUCCAGGGACCACUUGGACACAGACGAGUUUCUGGAUGACGAUGUCGACUUUCUCACCAGCCAUUUCCAAGAUUACUACAAGGACAGCAGGUUAGCGCACGAUGGGGACUACUGUGAAAUUGGCAACUUUUCCUUCUCUUCCUCCUCUUCUACCUUCUCGUAUGAAUGCACUGACAGCACCUCAGAGCUGUCGCCUCAGAUGGGAGGAGAUGUCCCGAUGCUAAAAAGGCGGAGGCGGAUGAGAUCCGAUAUGGAGAUGCAACAUUUACGGCAGGCUGCCAACGUCCGGGAGCGGCGGAGGAUGCAGUCCAUUAACGAUGCUUUCGAGGGACUCCGGUCUCACAUCCCCACUCUGCCAUACGAGAAGAGGCUCUCCAAAGUCGAUACCUUGCGCCUGGCCAUUGGCUACAUCAACUUCCUCGCUGAGCUCGUACAGUCGGACAUGCCCAUCCGAAACUCCGACAGUGAAGCACCGACUCAACCCAAAAAAGUUAUAAUUUGCCACAGAGGAACAAGAUCUCCGUCUCCAAGUGACCCUGACUACGGGUUGCCUCCCCUUGCCGGCCACUCACUGUCCUGGACAGACGAGAAACAGCUGAAAGACCAGAACAUCAUUAGAACCGCUAAAGUUUGGACACCCGAGGACCCACGAAAACUGCACAUGAAACCCUCCCUGAACAACAUUGAAAACGAGCCUCCUUUCAGCUUAACCUCAGCCCAAUAAAUGUUAUGUUUAUGUCUAAAAGUACGUAUUGUUAUACACAUUGUAAAUUCAUGUUAAUAUAUAACGUUGUCUGUAACGUUGAUUAUUUACGUGUAAAUAUAUAUUUGUCAAUGUUCUCCUAAUUAAGGCAGCUGGGCAAUCAUUUUAUAUGUAGCAAAAUUUAUUUAAUUGUUUUCAUGAUAAUAUAUGUUUUAAUUUAACAUUGAUGAAUAUACGAAAACCAAACUAUUUUUAUAAUAAAUUGUAAAAUAAUUUAUAUUUAUAUGCAAUCUGAGAAUAAAUGUAUCUUAAAUUAUGAA